UUCCUCCCUUUCUUCCUUCGGGAGCGUUUCUUCCCAAGAGAGCCGUUGCGUCACCUCGGGCUGCGCGGCCCCUUCUUGUCUUUCCGUGUCGGUUGCGUGUCUGGCGUCUCUUUUAAUCUUUCCUUCCCUCUCCUCUUGUUUUCAACAUGGCGGCGUCGGCUGGAGACGAGCAGUUCCCCUUUCAAGGGCUUCUGCCCAAGAAGGAAACCGGAGCGACCUCCUUCCUUUCCCGGUACCCGGAGUAUGAUGGACGGGGUGUUCUCUUAGCCGUCUUAGACACGGGUGUGGACCCCGGCGCUCCGGGCAUGCAGAUCACAACUGACGGAAAACCCAAGAUAGUUGACAUAAUUGAUACAACGGGCAGUGGGGAUGUAAAUACUUCAACUGUUACAGAAGCAAAAAAUGGAGAAAUUACUGGUCUUUCAGGAAGAAUUCUAAAGAUUCCAGACAACUGGAUAAAUCCUUCAGGAAAAUAUCACAUUGGCUUAAAAAAUGGUUAUGAAUUCUAUCCUAAAGUUCUUAAAGAGAGAAUGCAGAAAGAACGCAAGGAAAAACUAUGGGAUCCUGUCCACAGAUUAGCACUAGCAGAAGCCUGUAGAAAACAAGAAGAAUUUGAAGCUGCUCAACUCCCUUCAUCACAGGAAAACAAAUUAAUGAAGGAAGAGCUUCAGAGUCGGGUGGAACUGCUAAACUCUUUUGAGAAAAAAUAUAAUGAUCCUGGCCCUGUGUAUGACUGCUUGGUGUGGCACGAUGGUGAAACUUGGAGAGCUUGCUUAGAUUCCAAUGAAACUGGUGACCUUUCUAAUUGUACUGUUCUGCGGAAUUACAACGAAGGUCAAGAAUAUGGAUCUUUUGGAACAUCAGAAAUGUUAAAUUACUCUGUCAAUAUUUAUGAUGACGGCAAUUUGCUUUCGAUUGUGACAAGUGGAGGUGCACAUGGAACACAUGUUGCUAGUAUAGCUGCUGGGUAUUUUCCUGAAGAGCCAGAGAGAAAUGGUAUAGCCCCUGGUGCACAAAUACUUGCUAUUAAGGUUGGUGAUACAAGAUUAAGCACUAUGGAAACCGGGACUGGCCUUAUAAGAGCAUUAGGCUGCAAUCAUGCAAUCAUAUUAUUUUUAUUUAAUAAAAAUGAAGAAUAACAGAAUACAAUAACAAAGUUGGAAGGGAGCUUGGA